GAAAAUUCUGCAAGCGAACGACUCUAACUUCUUGCUUUGUCUCUGUAAAACCCUAACUGGCGAAUAAGUAGAUCUUCUCUCACUUCAAUCCAACUUUCUCUCUAUUAAAUCAACCUUUUCUUUCUCACUUUCCUUCAAUCUCUAUUUUCCGAUCGGUCGAUUCUCUAAUCACUCCACUUCCCAUUCAAAAUCAAUUCAUUUUCUCUGUCUAAUUGAUAUUCUUGUUUGUCUGUCUUUGUCUUUGCAAUCGAUUUUCGAUUUUUUUUUUCUUAAGUUUUUCAAAUUUGUUUGGUUGAUAUUUCGAAAUUUUCUUGGGUUUUGGUGAGAGUAUACUGCAAGGCUGGCGAUUGGCGUGGAGGUCAGGUGAUGGCGGAUCUGCCAUAUGUCUGCUUGCUGUUGAUUUUCGAUUUGGAUUCCAUAAGGCUCAUUGGACGAUCAUUUCUAGGGUUAGGGUUAGGUUCUGUGAGUUGUAAUUUUGAUUGUGUAGAAGAAGAGUGGGUCCAAGUAUGCUGAGUGUGCUGAGAGUGCACCUUCCGUCUGACAUUCCGAUCGUUGGCUGCGAGCUUACGCCGUACGUUCUAUUACGCCGUUCCAACAACUCUACAACGCCCGAAGAUGUACCCGAAUCCGCUCCACUCGAUGGCCACUUUUUAAGAUACAAGUGCUUUGACUUAAAUUUUGCCUUCGGCAAGCACCCAAGAACAAGGAUUCUUGGCCAACUAAUUCUUUUAGUUUUUCCGUAUCGUAUACAAAGUGACAAGAAAGUUUCAAUCUGUAGUGUACAUCCAUCUGAGCAGGCCACACUGCAGUGUGUCGGUUGUGUUAAAGCCAAAAUACCUGUUGCCAAAAGUUAUCAUUGCUCUCCAAAAUGUUUCUUGGAUGCAUGGCAACAUCAUCGUGUUCUGCAUGAGCGUGCGACUAGCGCUGUUAAUGAAAAUGGAGAUGAGGAGGAAGAAGUAUUUGGGCGCUUCAAUGGCACAGGAUCUGGAGUAGUCAAUACAAGCAUACCUGCUUCGCAGUUGAUCUCUGGUUUGGCAAAUGGUGCAGCGCCUUUAUAUCCUGCAGCAAUUACACAAAGGAAUGGUGAUGAAAUAUGGUUUGAAGUUGGACGCUCCAAAACAUACACGCCAAGAGCUGAUGAUAUUGGCCAUGCCCUUAAGUUUGAGUGUGUUGUAGUAGAUGCAGAAACAAAACUAACUGUGGGAAAGGCGAAUAGUAUAUUGACAUCCCGUGUCAUUCCAGCUCCAUCCCCUAGUCCACGUCGAUUGAUUUCAGUCAGUGAUGUGACAGGGCAUUUGUAUCUAGAUGGACGUAUCUCCUCUGUAGGCACUUUUACUGUGCUCUCAUACAACAUUUUAUCUGAUGCAAAUGCUACAGGUGAUUUAUACAGUUAUUGCCCCUCUUGGGCUCUUUCUUGGCCUUAUCGCCGACAGAAUUUGUUACGAGAAAUUGUUGGGUACCACGCAGACAUUGUUUGUCUUCAAGAGGUUCAAAGUGAUCAUUUUGAGGAAUUUUUUUCCCCAGAGCUUGACAAACAUGGCUAUCAAGCUUUAUUCAAAAGAAAAACGGCAGAGGUCUUCAGUGGUAAUAUGAAUACCAUUGAUGGUUGUGCCACCUUUUUCCGUAGGGAUAGAUUCGCACAUGUCAAAAAAUAUGAGGUUGAGUUUAAUAAAGCGGCCCAAUCUUUGACUGAUGCUGUAGUUCCAAGUGCUCAGAGAAAAACUGCUUUAAAUCGGUUGGUAAAGGAUAAUGUUGCAUUAAUAGUGGUCCUAGAAGCUAAGUUUAGUGAACAGGGGGUUGACAUUCCUGGAAAGCGCCAGCUUGUUUGUGUGGCGAAUACACAUGUAAAUGUCCAACAAGAUCUAAAGGAUGUCAGACUUUGGCAGGUUCAUACUCUUUUGAAAGGAUUGGAAAAGAUAGCCGCCAGUGCAGACAUUCCAAUGUUGGUCUGUGGGGACUUUAAUUCAGUUCCUGCAAGUGCUCCUCAUUCACUUCUUGCAUUGGGGAAAGUUGAUCCAAUGCAUCAAGAUUUAGCAGUAGACCCUCUCGGAAUUUUGAGGCCCUCCAGCAAACUAGUGCAUCAGCUGGCACUGGUUAGUGCCUACUCAUCCUUUGCAAGGAUUGGUGUGGGUCUCGGUCUAGAGCAACAUAAGAGGAGAAUGGACCCUGCUACAAAUGAACCAUUGUUUACAAAUUGCACAAGAGAUUUUAUUGUUACAAAUGAUUACAUAUUUUACUCGGCGGACUCGUUGACUGUGGAAUCUUUGUUGGAGCUUUUGGAUGAAGAUAGUUUGAGAAAAGACACAGCUCUUCCUUCUCAAGAGUGGUCCUCUGAUCAUAUAGCACUCUUAGCUGAAUUUCGUUGCAAGCCUAAAUCUAGACGCUGACACUUGGUGUGGUCUGAAGAUGAAACCCGAAAGAUAGAAGCACAGAGAACAAGGAUAAGAUAGUUUACUGUAAGAAUGGAAGAUAAUACUCACCCGUGUUCUUUUUUGGGGGAUAUGGUGAUCGCCAAGUGGGAAUCCUUUGGUAUGAUCUCAUCCUUUGUAAUAUGCUAUACUUCUGUCUUAGAAAAAUUAUGAUGUCCAAUUCAGUUUCCUUCCCUUUUUUUUUUUCACUUGAAAUAUAAUACAUAGUAUCUGCGUUGCAAUUUAGUUAGCCCGCAAACCUCUUCAUAUCUGGCGUGUCCUG